UAAAUCGGUUUAUUUAGUGCUCUAAAUAUUAAACAAAGUGCAAGAAAUUAUUGAUGAAAAUGGAUCCAAAAAUGGAACCUGUUCAUAAUUUUACCGCCGAGCUAUUUUCGCUUUAUGACUACAAGAUUCCAAUUUCUAAGGCUAAGAUGGGAUCAAUAACAAAAACGGCAAUGAAAGCGAUCAAAUUCUAUAAGCAUGUUGUGCAGAAUGUAGAAAAAUUCAUUCUCAAAUGCAAACCGGAAUAUAAAAUUCCAGGACUUUAUGUUAUCGAUUCAAUUGUUCGUCAGUCUCGUCAUCAGUUUGGUCCUGAAAAAGAUGUUUUUGCACCUCGUUUUGCUCGUAAUAUGGAAGAAACAUUUGCUCAUCUAUUUCGGUGCUCGCAAGAAGAUAAGAGCAAAAUUAUUCGUGUGCUAAAUUUAUGGCAGAAGAACAACGUCUUUGCUCCCGAAGUUAUUCAACCUCUUUUCGAUUUAGCUAAUCCUGAUCAUCCUGUUCAUCAAGCUUAUAUCCAACAGCAGCAACAAAAUCAAUCAGGAGACGUUUCCAAUGGAAUGAAUAUACAAAGAGAAUCUCCUCAUCAAAGUCAGAAAGAAGAGCAAAGUGGAAGUGAAACGCUCAAUGCAUUAAAUAUUCAAAAGUUUCAAUAUCAACAAAUGAUGAUGCAACAACAGCAGCAAUCAACAAUGGAUCAAAUUGCAGGGAUCGAUUCAAUAAAAUUUAACAAUCAAUUGUUAGAAUAUGAUUAUGGCUCAGAAGGUGAUGAUGAUAAAGGCGAUGCUGGACAAACAGUUACACAUCAGCAUCAAAUGCAGAUGCCGGUUUUACCAUAUCCUUUCAAUAGCUUCUCAAAAUGCCUCGAAGAUCCAAACAUUUUGAAACAAUUGCAAAACAUUAAACAAAUUGAUAUGCAACGAUACUUGAAUGAUAUUCCUGGUGCCAGUAAUUCGAUGAUGGAUCAACAACAAUCACAAAACAGUGGACUAACAUUGGCCAAUAUCAAUAAUUUACGUGGCCCGCCACCAAUAAACGACUCAAAGGAUCAAGACGUAGAAUUAGUUGGAGAAUUAUUGCCAGCUGAAAUUAUUAUCCCUGUAAGCUCACGAUCACCAACACCAAAUCGUCAUAAAAGACGCAAAACUCGGUCACGUUCACGUGAUAAAAAUCGUUAUGGAAGACGAAGAAGAUCUCGCUCAAAAUCAAGAAGUUACUCAAGAUCACCUCGCAACAAACGUCGAUCAUCACGAGAUCGAGUGAAAGAUAAAGAACGUGAAAUUGAAAAGGAACGAAGACGCAAAGGCUUACCAGACAUUAAGAAGGAACAUUUAUCAGUUUGUAGUACGACACUUUGGGUUGGACAUUUAUCAAAGCUUGUUCAACAAGAAGAACUUUCCGAUACUUUCGGUAAAUAUGGCGACAUUGUAAGCAUCGACAUGAUACCACCACGUGGCUGCGCUUAUAUUGUGAUGAAUCGACGUCAAGACGCAUACAAAGCGAUGCAAGCAUUGAAAAACCACAAAAUGCAAAAUCGUGCGAUAACGAUUUCAUGGGCGGCUGGUAAAGGCGUGAAAAGUAAAGAAUGGAAAGAUUAUUUCGAUCAAACACUUGGAGUCACUUACAUACCUAACAAUAAGUUGACUCAUUCCACUGAUUUUGAAUCGAUUGAGGAAGGUGGAAUGUAUGAUGAAGAUACGAUGCCUGCGUGGGUGAAGGAGAAGCUUAAGCAGCCUCAAAUUCAACCGACUGUUAAUAAAGAUGGAAUGAUGAUCCCGCAAUUCUUUGCACAGUCCAUUGAUACGAGUCAACCGCCACCAAAUUCAUCACUCUUACCAACAAUGCCUCCGUUUCCAUUAGGUGCCCGUCCUCUUCUUAUUCCCGGUUCUGGUCUGAUGCCUUUAGGAGUCCCUCCGCCAAAUAUGCUCGUGCCUGGAAUGGUUUUUCCAACAGGUCAGCCACCUGGCAUUUUAGGCUUUCCAUUAGCUGCUGGAGCUCCUUCGGGAAAUUCAAGCGCUCAACAAAUAAUUGCACCACCAACAGGUCAUGAACAGCCAAGUGGAGAUGAUCACAUGGACAUUGAGAUGGAAGAUGAAAAUCAUUCUGUGACUAAGAAUGAUGGAAGUCAAAUGAGCAUUCAACAAGCGUUUUUCAAUCAACCACCUCCAAUGAACUUAGCGGCAUUGAUGAUGGGCGUCAAUCAAUCUGCAGCACUUCAAAAUGCUCAACCAACAACAAAUGAUCAACAGAAUGAUGGACAAGAGUACAAUAUGAUGGGGAAUAGAAAUAAUCGAAGUCUUAGUCGUGAAAGAGAUCGACAAGAUUUUCGAUCACGAGGACAUCGUGACAGAAGUGACAGAAGAUCGGGUCCAGGAGGUGACUUUAAUAACAGAAAUUCUCGUUGGCCAAAUGAUUCAAAUGGCAGAGAUAGAAGUCGACCAAGAGAUGGUUUAUCACAAAAUAAUUACAAUCGAAGAUUAGGAAAUCAACAAGAAAUUCCAAGUCUUUUAUCACAACCAAUGCCCUUACUAGAUGAAGGAAUAAAUCCCAGACAACGAAACAAUGAUUUUGGACGAGAUGAUUUUGAUCGACGAGGAGGAUUCAACAGAGGAGGUUUUCAGUCAAUGAGAGGAAGAGCAAGAGGACAAUUUAAUCGAGGAGCUGGUGGUAGAGGUUUCAACAAUAACAAUUUUAACGACCGACAAGGUGGCUUUCAUGACAGAGACAUGAAUCAAAAUCAAAGAGGUCGAGGUGGUAACAGAAAUUGGCGUGAUGAUGACAUGGAUAAUCGAAGAAACUUCUCACAGAGAGGAAGUUUCGAUCGUAAAGGUUCACGAUGGGUUGGCAAUCAACGAAAUGAUGAAUGGGAUCAAAGAGACGAUCGAGAAUGGGAUGAUGGCGAUGAUGAUGAAGAUCAAAAUAAUCAACAGAAGCAAGAAUCGAUUGAGAACCAAGAAGAAACAGAAGCAAGAAACGACGAUAAUGUAGAAAAUAAUUACCAACAAUUAAAUGAAAACAAUGAAGAAAUGCCACCUGGCACCGAAGCUCAUGAGAAUGAAUUUGUGUCAGAGAAUACUCGACAAUUAGACAACUUCCAGCAAGAAGAUAAUGAAGAAUCAUUCAAUAAUCCCGUUCAUAGUGAAACAAAAAAUGUUGAUGAUGAUGGUGAUGAUGAAAAUCCUGGAAACACAACACCACUGUGUGAUGAAACAGAAGCAAAAGAUAACGCGUGAAUGAUCGUGUUUUGUGCAGAGUUAAAAUAGUUGAAAGUUUUCGUCAAAUCUUUAACUUUAUUUUCAUUUUUCUUAUUUCUUUUGCUGUAAUUAUAAAUCUUAUUUAAUUGUGUGUCUCAUAUCAUGAUUCAUCAAAACAAAAACAAGAGACAAGACUCAAAGUUUUGUUCAAAAGAAAAGAAAGAUUAAGUGCAGGAAUUUUCUUCUAACUUUCGACAUAAUUGCGAAUUGCGAUGGCUGUGAUAUAACAAGUUAAAUAGAUAGACAAACAAACUCAAAUCUCAUUGGUGAGCUUUAAAUUAUCUAACAAAGUUUCACUUUGAAACAAUUGUUUCCUAAAUAUGAGAAGAUGAGAAAGCGACAAACUAAGAAACAUUAAAAAAAAGAUUUUUUUGUAAAAAGUGAAAUAAAUUUUCAAUUAAGAUGAAAAAUUAUCUUUUGAUAAGCGACGGAACCAUGAAAAAUUAAUUAAUGAAUUUCUCUUACACUUAUUCAAUACUUAUCAAUGGUUCUAGCUUUCAGCUUGAAGCUUUUCUUUAGAGAGAUUAAAUAAAAACCGAUGAGAGUGAUUUGCAUAGGACGAUUGAGUGUCACAUUCUCGAAUUGAGAUGUGAUGCAAGGUACAGUGAAUCAAAUAUUAUUAUGAAAUCAUUUUAUUUCUUGAUUAUUUUGAUCACACCAAAACUUAAAUUUAUUUUUCUCUUUUUUUCUGUUUUGUUUCGAGUUCAUUUCUGUGUCAUUUGUUGAGAGUAAAAAGCCUCCAAGUAGCUUUUAUAGUUGAAGUUAAAAGAUAAAAUUUCCUUUCUUUUUUAUACAUAACAACUUUGGGGAAAAUUAAUCAAAAAAUAUUUGAAAUCUACGAGAAAUUUUUCUAUUUAAAUUAUCAAUCAGGAGAUCAGUUUACAUUCUUAAAACUUAAUCUAAAGAUAACAAAGAGAAAACUUGUAUAAAGCGAGAAUAUUUUUCCCUUCUUGUACAAAAUGAAAGAAAGAUUUAAACUAAAUUAAACAUUUAAAUAAAGAAUGUAAUGAUGAUGAUGAUGAUGAUGAUUAUCUUAGCGACGAAGUCCUUCGAUGUUAUUAACUUUCUAACUUAACAAUAAGAUUUAUUAAAUUAUCAAUCUAACCCUUUUUGAACCUGUAAAGAAUUGAUU